AUAAUCACGUCUGCUGUUCAGGGGUCUCCACCGCUAAAAAAUCCACCCUGCCCGGUAGUUUGAGUUAGCUCCAUCUUGUGUCCUGAAGCAUGGGCGGAACAGAGUCACUUACCCAAGAACACUCUGUGCCGUCUUGAAGAAUCUGCCAUCUCUUUCAUCUCUUUCAAGUGUCUCAUGAGGGCUUGAAGAUUCUGGAAGUCUCCUGGGGUGCAGAUCCCUGUGCUAGUCAGAAGAUGAGCAACCAGCAGGCAUGAGAGGCUGAGCCCAGGCCUGGUCUAGACUGUGUGUGUUUCUCUGUAGGUUGGCACCGAGGAUCACCAUGAGUACGAGAAAGCGUCGUGGUGGGACAGUAAAUUCUAGACAAGCCCAGAAGCGAACUCGGGAAACCACCUCCCCACCUGAGAUGGCCUUGGAGGCAGAACCUAUAGAGCUCGUGGAAAGCGCGGGAGACGAAAUAGUGGACCUCACCUGUGAAUCUUUAGAGCCUGUGGUCGUCGACCUGACUCACAAUGACUCUGUCGUGAUUGUUGAAGAGAGGAGGCGGCCGAGGAGGAACGGCCGGCGGCUGCGCCAGGACCACGCGGAUAGCUGCGUGGUGAGCAGUGACGAGGAGGAGCUGGCCCGGGACAAGGACGUGUAUGUGACCACCCACUCCCCCAGGAGUGCCAGGGAGGAGGCAGCGGUGGGCCUCAGGCCCUCGGGCACCGUCAGCUGCCCCAUCUGCAUGGACGGGUACUCGGAGAUUGUGCAGAAUGGACGUCUCAUUGUUUCUACAGAGUGUGGCCACGUCUUCUGUAGCCAGUGCCUCCGUGAUUCCCUGAAGAAUGCUAACACUUGCCCAACUUGCAGGAAAAAGAUGAGCCACAAACGGUACCACCCCAUUUACAUAUGAAGUGCCGAGUGUUGCUCAGGAGAGACAAGUGGACACAGAGCCUGGCGGGCUCUCUGUGCGCCUUACGUGGCUCGUCUGCCUCCCGUUUCUUGAGCUCAAAAAGACUUUCAGAAUCAACGUCCAGUGUGUAAACUGCUCUCUUGUUUCCAACCCCAUCUUAGAUCCUUUUGUUACCUCUAGUUGGAUGCCGUGGAGCUGGAGCCAGGCCCCUCCCAGCCGGUCGACAUCUCCUGGGUAGUCUGGUUCUAGGGUAGAGAGAGGGAGUCAGGCAUGCUGGAAAUGAGAAGCAUGGUUCUAGCCUCUUUCAGAAGCUGCCCGUUUGCCAAGAAGUUUUCCCUGUUUGGAGAGUUUGCCCCAUCUUCCUCCUGGUGGUGUCGUGGAGCACCAGCCCUGGUCAGAGAGCAUGUAGGUCCGCCCAGCUCUCCUGGGCAUGCUACCUCGUCCCAGGCAUCUGCCCACCGCAGUGACAAGCCACACAUGGUCCAUCCAGUCUGAGGAUCCCAGAAGCAAGCGUGGCCCCAGAAAGACCAACCACUGGACUUUGUUUUCCAUCCCUUGUGAUUUAGAGGCCACCCAUGAGUCCACCUACAUCGAUGUCAGAGGUUCCUGCAGAUCACCAAGGCCUUGGCAGGGCAAUCCCUAGUUUUCUAAGAAUGAAAUGUGCAAUAAAGCCCGUUCUUUGCCUCCUUUUCAGCAGCCCAGGAGAUGUAGCACUCUCAGUGUCCUUGGGGGGGCCUCGUGUCACCUGCGGAGCAGUGCCUGUGUUGCCCCGUCCUGCUCGCCGCCUGUUCUCAGGACCUGGACCCGCGCCCGAGCUCACCUGGCGCAGGAGUCACAGUGGGGCAGGCACGUGGCCGGGUGUCCUCUUUUCUGAUAAAAAUCAUCCCGUGUUUACCAUAGGCCCUCUGGUCCUCAGUUCCCACUGCCUAACGUCUACUCAAGCAUAGACCCGGGUGGCGGUGGCAGUAAUUGUGGCCUUAUCAGCUGCCCACGUCCAUCCUGUUGGCCAAGUCACAGCCACUUGCGACUCAAAGCUCGGCUCUCCAGACUCAAGCUGGGCGCCACCACCCCCGCAACUGACAUUCAUUUCAGAGGCUGCUCUUCUGGCCGCUGGGCCUUGAUCCUUUGGGCUUCGACUGCUCCUUCGAUUUUGGCGGCAGAGUUCUGUGGCCCCUCCUCCCCAGGGGCUCAGGUAACACCCUUCUGCUCGACUCCAGGCGUGAGAGCCUCUGGUCCUCAAGGAGGUGGCAGAAUGGCCCGGGGGUGGCUCCUGGGGGAGAAGCCCUGCAGAGCCUGCCGCCUGCACCUCCACACCCUCCUUCCUCAGAGGGCUUCAAGCCAAACCCACAGCCUUCCGUGUGAAACAGCUUCAAGGUGGAAGGGGGGGUCUCCUCUGGCGUUGCUAGCAAUAACUGACCUUCAGUUUUUCCUUCUGGAGGAGCAGGGACUCAGCACAGAAUUCACUUUAAACAGGGCCGAAGGAGUGUCCCUCCUCUGUGAAAGGAAAAUUCAUGCUUCAUUCUGACUUUAUAACUGUUUGGCUCACUUCCAGUUGGUUUGAUAAAGUACUAUUUUCUCCUUACAGUCGAGGAAGGCAGGAUAUCAGUUCUCGUCAGCAUGACGGCACUGUCUGCCCUUUGAGUAGACACAGUGUCCCCAUGAAGUUCCUUCAGGGCUUCAUGGAAUACUCCUUUUUUUUUCUUUUUUUUUUUUUAAAUGUUCUAACAAUACCCAGACUUCAUAAGCCAGGACAACCAUACAGCCAAAAUCUCUUAGGCUUUAUGCUUAAGGACAAAUGGUUGAUCAUAAAAGUGGUGUUCCUUCAUACUAAACUGGGGGAAAAUGUUUAGUUUCUACUAUUCAGAAAUUGCAAAAUAGGAAAAGUUGAUAUGGAAAAAUCCCUUUCCCUCCCUCAGUGUACAUAGUUCAGAUCUUUCUUUGUUACGUUUAUAAACUUUAUCCAUGUCUGUCAGUCUGUUUUUGACUUCUCUGCUAGUGUUACAGGUGAAAAUAAAUCAUUAACUUGAACCAGG